UAUUAGUUACGACGGUGAUGGUAAUAAGUGGCAAAUGCAAGUGUAGUAUAAUGUAAUAGGUACUUCCAAGAGAUCAAUCGAAGGGUGUUCCUUGUGUCACGUUAGAACAUAUCAAGUCACGGGAUUUGAGUUUCUGGAAACGAAAGUGCAAAGUCUGCUCGCAACAUUCUUUGGUAAUGCUGAAAUCACGCAGAUCUGACCGUUGAAUGUAUAGAAUCGGCCAUGCUGGGCCUACUAAAGGACUCGGCGUCUUCGCCUCGCGAUGCAUCCCGCGCGGGACAUGCAUUAUGGCUGAGACACCACUGCUCUCCGUACGGUCGGAGAGUGAGGUCUUCGCAGCGGUCAGAGGGCUGAACAACGAUGCGCGGAGUCGGUUCCUUAGCCUGUCUAGCAGUGUCAUCCUGAGGUCUUUGGUACUGGGCUGGUCCGAAGCGGCGUGGCACGCCUUUCGAGCAUUGAUCACAGAGGGGACCGCUCAGUCACCUCCUUCACGGUGGCGGAGCAUCAUCGACCAUCCGAACAUCCUGAACGUCUUCCGCAACAAUAACUUCGACUUGGGUGAUGGCCGGCAAGCUGUGUUUGAUAAAGUGUCGAGGAUCAACCACUCGUGCAUCCCAAAUGCGCAGGGCAACUUCAACGCCGCGUUAGGUCGCUUUACGAUCUACGCAGUGAGGCAGAUCGAGAGGGAGGAGGAAGUCACGCUCAGCUACCUCGCUGAGACUGCAGCUUUGCGAGAUGCGCGACAAGCUCGUUUGAUCGAUCAUUACGGCUUCCUAUGCGGCUGUUUCGCGUGUGAUGCCAACGACCAGCGAGGAAGGAAGGUUGAAGAGGGUCGGCGAAGGAUGCACGAGCGGCUUCGCGAGUUCGCAGACGUCGUCGGUUCGGACGGAUCCGGACACUCCCAGCAAACGGAAUUGGAAGUCAUGUGGAAGUUAGUCAAAAUGUAUGAAGCCGAGGGUGUUGCUGGGAGGGAAGUGGCAACGAUUUGUUUGAGGGCUGCUGAACUGGCUGCGAAGGCUGGCAAACGAGCUGAUGCUCUCGCGAUGGCUGAGAAGGGGUUGCGCAUGGAGAAGGACUGCUUGGGCGCUGACAGUCCAAUGUAUGGCGCGAGUGUCGAGCGGGCCAGAUCUAUUACCAACGGCCAUGAUGCCUGCGCGGUAUGAUCAGUCCGGGGCGGGCAACUCGCUGAGUAAGAAGUGCUCUCAAACUGUGUAGGGUUCUCAGCCAGAGAUUGCGUGUGGGUGUCUGGA